GUGGCUAGUAAAUAUUUUAUACAGUUUUUAAUUUCGUGUUUUUUGUGAUUGACUAUUAAAGCAACAAUAUUGUUAUUUUUAUAUUUCGUUAUUCUAUUACCUAUAUGAUACUAUUAUGGCGUUUAUACUUCCCGAUAAUAUAUUAGAAACUUUACUUUGCAAUUUUUGUCAUAAAUAUUUGUCCGUGAAACCGGUAAAAGUUUAUCCAAAUAGGCUUAUGCAAUGUGGAAGAUGUAAUGAAAAUGAGGAACAUUCAAACCAUAUUAUGUUACAAGCGGUAGAAUCACAAUAUGGAAAAAUUGCUGAAAAUAUUUUAUUUAAAUGUAUUAACAGAUUUGAUGGUUGUCGAGAAUUGUUAAGAUAUUCUGAGGUGCAGGAUCACGAACAGGUAUGCUUGAACAAAAUUCGCAAGUGUCCAAUUUGUUAUGAAGAAAUUGUGAGUUUUCGGAUGCUUCGACACUUCCGUUCCAACCAUAAAGAUGCUAUAUUGGAUUGCCCUGUGUUUGUUUUCCACAUGAAUGAUCAUUUAGAAAUGCCCAGUGUUUAUAUAUAUCAAGAAGAAGAUAAUUUGUUUUUUAUUUAUAUUGUCCGCAGUAAGUCGGAAAAUACAAUAAGAUUAGAUUUGAUUUAUAUGGGAAACUUUCAACGCGCUAAAAAUAUAUACCAUCAAUUUACUGUAAGUAGUGAAAAUAAAGAAUUUGAUAUUGUAUUGGGCCCAAAACCAUGUACUAAUGAUUUUGUUGUUGUGGAUAUAUCAAAAAUGUCAAACUUUGUACAAAUUAAAUUUAAGUUGAUUGAUCGCAAUCUAAAGGUUUUGACAACUGAAAUUAGUAAUGCAGGCGGUGUGAGGAAACCUGUACUCAAAAAUGCUCCAGACGGGCAUCAAAUUGGAAAAAAACAAUCAGAAGUCAAUCUAAGAUGUAUUGAAUGCCAAGAAUAUUGUAUUUUUUCAUUAUCUACAUGUCCAAUUCUCUUUUAUUUCAUUGACAAACGCAAAGAUUACCUAUGUUACUAUUGCCACCAGUGGUUCAAAUAUUGUGAAUUUAAUAAACGGGUAAUUCCCAAAGAAAUCAUAACUGACAUAAUGCAAUUUUUCAAAUGGAUCUGUAGUGAUUGUUGUAGCUAUAUUGAAUUUUUAGAUAUGAAAUCACAUGAACUAAACUGUAAACAAGGUAGACAAUUUAGUUGUCCUAUAGAGAAUUGUUGUGAAAAAGGAACAGCUAAUGAAAUGAUCGAACAUUUGAAAGUUCAUAAUUGUUUGGCAUUUUCGUCUCAUUUUAAACUAACUUCAGAUAUUUUAAGAUGUUAUGCGUUUGUAAAGAAGUAUAUUGUAUAUUUACAUUUAACUCGUUACUCGUGGAACACAGUGAAACUCGUAACCGAAACUGACAAUGAUGGACAUAGUACAACAUUAAAACCACAUGUUAUGUUUUUUGACAACAACAAUAAACUUUUGAAUGGUUAUAACAGGGAUACCAGUAUACCAGAUAUCAGUACUGAUGAAAUAUUUGUAAAGGUUAUUGUAAAGAAAUGUUAUUAUGAAUAACUAGAUCAAUAGUCAAAUAUUGUUUAUUGUUAAAUCUCUUCUAGAAUUAUUUUCACUUCAGUUUUAUUGAAUUUUUCCUUCAGAUUCAUAGGAACUUUUUGUCACACAAUACACCACUCGCUUUUUUCCACUUGAUCCACCCCACCAAAAUUUUACUGCAUGUAUCUACUUCCCCAUUACUCUGUUAAAAACAUCCUAGAUACGAUAAGUAUUACUUUUCACAAUCAUUUUACCAUUCAAAUUUUCGAUUUAUUUGUUCUAACUCUAUCUAUAAUUAAACAUUUCAAAUACUUAUUUGCAUCCUACUACGUUUUAAAGUUUUUCAUUAAGAGCUUGUUUGUAAAUAGACGAAGCAACGAAGCA